GGAAUGGAGUGAGUACUGUCGUCAAAACAACAGUCCUAUCAUGAAGGUGCCACCACAAGUCAGAGAAUGAAAAGAAGCAUGCAUGUUUAAAGCAUCAGACGAAUUUGAGAUUAAAGCAACAAACGAAUCUGGAGAAACAGUCACGGGUCCAAUGAGUACAGAUAAUGCUUCUGUAGACCAUGUAGGUCAGCAAAAGAAGAAAAGGGUAGAUACAGCUGAAGAAAACUUGACUUCAAGACAAGACAGAAAGAAUGAAGAGGAAGCAGGAAGUCUGAAAGACAUGCCCGGUAUAGAAAGUGACAUAGUGAAGCUGCUAGCUGGAGAUAUAGUUGACACAGGCUCGAUUGAUCUCUCAUGUAGACCACAAUCCUCUGCUGCACCCAAUGUUGAUGAAUAUAAACCAGUGGUUAAGCGUACCGUCUGCUAUAUCGUGAUGGCAUUAGUGUUUGACGAUGAAGGACGUGUGAUACUGAUACAGGAAGCCAAGGCCAGUUGUAGAGGAUUAUGGUAUAUACCAGCAGGACGGGUCGAACCAGGAGAAAACUUUAUUGAAGCUGCAAAGCGAGAAGUUUUGGAAGAAGCAGGUCUUCAUUUUGAACCUUUAACUUUGCUGAGUGUGAAAUCACAAUUGCAACGGAAGUGGUUUAGACUUAACUUUGUUGGCAGAAUGAAAGGAGGAAAAUUGAAGACUCUAGAAGAGCAGGACAGUGAAUCACUACAAGCUCAAUGGUUUACAGUUGAUGAAAUACUGAAUGGCAGUGUCAAGCUUAGACAUCAUGAUUUUUUCAAGUCACUCAAGUUAGCACAGAAGUACAUAUCACAGCCAGUUACCAGCCGUCAUCCACAUUACCAUAUUGGCACCCAGCCUCAUCAGCAUUUACUUCUAAGGCCAGUGGUCAUUAAACAAACUCAGGGAAGUAUGGAGGUUUUAUGCUGCAGAAAGACAGGGAGGACGAGGUUACCUUGCUGUAAAUUACACCCAAGGGAGUUCAGCCUCUCGACUGCCCUCAAUUGUGUGUUCAGGGAUGUUUUUCAGCUGUCACAGUCACGGAUAUAUCUGCCAGUACAAGGUCUUCUGACUGUGGAGCAUUGUGGGAUACCAGCUCGAGAGCAUGAUGGGAUAUGUCUUACACCAGUGUUUGUGUUGCCAGGUGAUUUGCAUGACAAAUUUGAAAAUGUUCCAAAUAAGGAAUAUGUAUGGUAUAAAAUAGCAAAUACAAGUAUAUCAGAGCAGUUGACACAUAGAACUUUUACAGAAGAUUUGCUCAUUCCACUCCUCGAGAAAUCAGGAGGUAGCAGUAAAUAAGGUUGUGAAAUGCAAACUUCUCAUUUAUACCACUUAUCUGUGAUAUAUUAUUUGUUUUAUAUAUUAUUAUUUAUACUCAGUUUAUAAAUAUCAGGACACAGCGUAUAUCCUACUGAGUACACUUCUUACAGUGGACAGUAAAUGUGCUUGUUAACAGUUAUACAUGUGAAAUCAUUCAUAUUAAUGGGGGACUAAUUUUUAUGGAUUUUGUGUUUGUGUUCAUCCACAGAAUUGAAUCCCAAUGAACAAGUUCUUGGUCAUUUUAUCAGCUUAAAGAUGACAGCCAUGAAUUCAUAUCACAAAGAAAUAGCUGUUCCAUUCAAAACCAGGAAAUUUCCCACCCACAAAGUGUAAUGAUUUCACAGUAUGAUGUAAAUUUUUUACUGUAUAGUCAAACGUUCUUCACUGAAACUUGGAAAAUUCAAACGCCAACCUUCACUCGAACUCAUUGUCAGGUUCAGGCAAAAUCCCUGUAUACAGUAUAUUGUAUAAUUUUGGAUGGCUUGAACUGUCGGAUAACUGGAACAAAUUUUGCCAGUCCUGUUGAGUUUGAGAGAACAAAGUUUGACUGUAGUAAAUAUAUGAAGCAAAAUGGGCAAAAGUUUUUUAAUAGAAAUCAUAAAGAAAUCAUAUUUAAAUGUUUCUGUGUUUCUGAGACAGGAUAACUCAGAUAGGCUUAUACAGCAUAGCAUGGAUAGGCUGCGAUAAAAUAAUGGUUUUCUACUUGAGUUAGAAAAGCAUGGGUAGGACAAUAUUUCUGUUAUACAGAGGCAGAAAAAUCAGAUGAACGUCUGCACCCGCAAGGGAGUGCUCCUGUUAAUUCAAGACAUACUACUUGGAAAAAACCUAUUAAGCUGUAUAGCCUCUUUUACUUUCAUGUUUUUUUUGAAACUUGAAAUUUUAAACAAAAGCCUGUACUUGAGUUUGAUUUUACAUAAAAGUUAGAUCUUUGUAGAGUUAACUUGUGUCUAGGAAAUAAGUUUUUUUGAGAGGAAGUUUAUGUAACUAUAUAUCUAUAAAUAAUCAUGAAGACAGACACAAGCAAGAAAGUGAUUAACAAUAAGGUGAACAGUCCAUCCAAAUUAAAAGUGUGUGGCAUCGUUAGAAAGUUAUUAUCUUUUAAGGAGUUGAGGCUUUUGAAUAUUUAUGUCUUCAAAUAAUGGAGUUUCAAAAUGUCAACAAAGAUAUAUUUUUACCAAUGUUUUAGUUCCCCCACGCCACCAAUACCAAAAACAUUCUUUUCAUGAAACUCAGUUACUUUGUAAUGUAUUGUUACAGUAGUUUUGUUUUUCAGUUAUAUACUGGUUGCAGACCAGUCACUGGACAAAAAUUGGGGGUUUUCCUUUGCCAUUUUAUGAAAAAUAAUCACAAAAACAUAAAAUUUGCCCCGAUAAAACUUCAACUCAUUUGUCAUCUGAAAAUAUAAAAAGCUCAAACAAUUGGACAUAAAAAUUGGAUAUUUUGAGGCUCAAAAGGGGUAAUGAAAAACACUACAUUAAUCAACAUGGUGGAACAGUCACAAAUAUUUGGAAGACUGAUAAUUACUGUUUUACAAUGACAGUUGUACCAAAAAAAACGUUCAUUAUGUCCAUCGGUCCUGCAUAUAAUACCAGACCUCGCCAUCCUGUUCCAGACUCUCAUGCACUAGCUCACUCUGCAUCUGUCAGACACGCUUUGUGAUAACACUUACCACACAUUUCCUCAUCACACCCAAAACACAUAAUUCCAUUUGCUUCAUCAUCUAUUAUACCAUGCACACCACAUACACCACACACAUACAAGCUAGCUGCCAACACAGCUGCAUUAAUGUCAUUCUUAUUCAGUUUACUGUUCUUCUCUCCUUUCUUCCUUUUUCUCAUCUUCUCUCUGUCUUUCUUCUUCUAUUCAUUUUUUCUGGUCUCAAGCAGCCUGUCUCAUCAGUCUCUGAAUGUUUUUCUUCUUCCACCUUUUCCUUCUUUCUUCUUCAUCUCUGUCUCUUCUUUCUUUUCAGUUCAAGUUCUUCUUUUUCCUGGAAAAUAUUAGUUUUGUAAUGUUGAUAUGAAAGUCCUGAUUGCAAAAGCAUUUAACCUGAUUAAUGAACUUGGUAAAUUUAAUUUUAAUGUAUGCAAAUAUGUGCGCAUAUAAAUACAUUAUUCUAAUAUGACUAGAAAUGCUUAAAUUAUCACAACAAUACAUCUAUGCAUCGAGAAAUUGCACUUUCAAAUUUGAUCAAAUAUUUUACUUAUUAAUAAAACAUGUUUAAAACAAACUGUCCCAUAGCACAACUUUCUUGAUUAAUUUACGCACUGAAUUGGUGUCCAGAAUAAUUCGACAUAAUUUGCACUCUUAACUGAACUAUUCAGCAAGACGUGUUACCAUUUGCGAUCCAGGAGUGUAUAAACAAAUGAGCGUGGUGACCUACAAUUUGGUGCCAUUCAUGCGCGAAGAAACAGUUCAGUCAUAUUUGAUCUAAAUUUUACAAUAUAAGACAUACUAGAAUCAAAAUGAUUUAUAGCAAAACUGUUUGAACACUAUUUACACACUCUAGCGGUUAUACAUCUUAUGAAAUGAAUUCACUUGUUAACAUAAAAAUAUCUUGGAUAUAGCAUCUUGCUAUAUUCCUUGUUAACCCUUUCGCUGCCGAACAUCCGAUUACUUUAUUAGUCCCCUACUGGUUGAAAACCAGUUUCGGGGACUAUAGGAAUGCAC